AUGCCAGAGGCAGAAAAAGAGAAGAAAAGGCGGUGGUACUCCCGUACCUCCGAGGCACGACGGACCGCAUCAGCAGUCUUGAGCAAGCAUAACAUAAGAGUGAUAUUCAAACCACACAACAAACUCUCUCAAAUGCUCCCCAAUCCCAAGGAUCGGAGACCCCAUUUGGCAGCCCCAGGGGUCUACAAAAUCCCAUGCGCUUGCGGAAAAGUGUACAUAGGAGAAACCGGGAGGAAGAUCAGUACAAGGAUCAAAGAACACCAGCGAUGUACCAAAUACGGCUACUUCUCACAAUCAGCCCUAGCUGAACACAAGAUUGAGACCGGACACGCCGUCCAAUUCGACAAAGCCACCAUGCUGGCCCCGUCGCACAGCUAUUUCGCACGAAAACACCGCGAAGGCCUUGAAAUCUUGAAACACCCUGAUAACCUGAACCGCGACAAAGGCUACCAGGUUAACCCGAUAUGGCACACCGCCCUUCCGGUUUUUUAA